ACUCAAACCUCACCCACAUCUACCUCCAGCAGGUCACCACUCUCCUAUCACCUCUCCCAACACCAUGUCCUGUGAAUCUUGCCUGCCUGCCCUGAGCUGCCGCACCAGCUGCUCCUCCCGGCCCUGCGUGCCCAACAGCUGCCAUGGCUGCACCCUGCCUGGGGCCUGCAACAUCCCUGCCAAUGUGGGCAACUGCAAUUGGUUCUGUGAGGGCUCCUUCAAUGGCAAUGAGAAGGAGACCAUGCAGUUCCUGAAUGACCGCCUGGCCAGCUACCUGGAGAAGGUGAGGCAGCUGGAGAGAGAGAAUGCAGAGCUGGAGUGUCGGAUCCAGGAGAGGAACCAGCAACAGGACCCUCUGGUGUGCCCUGCCUACCAGGCCUACUUCAAGACCAUUGAGGAGCUGCAGCAGAAGAUUCUGUGUGCUAAGUCUGAGAACUCCAGGCUGGCCGUGCAGAUCGACAAUGCCAAGCUGGCCUCUGAUGACUUCCGGACCAAGUACCAGACUGAGCAGUCCCUGCGGCAGCUGGUGGAGUCGGACAUCAACAGUCUGCGCAGGGUCCUGGACGAGCUGACCCUCUGCAAGUCUGACCUGGAGGCUCAGGUGGAGUCUCUGAGGGAGGAGCUGCUGUGUCUCAAGAAGAAUCAUGAGGAGGAAGUCAACACCCUGCGCUGCCAGCUUGGAGACCGCCUCAACGUGGAGGUGGACGCCGCUCCCACUGUGGACCUGAACCGUGUGCUCAAUGAGACCAGGUGUCAGUACGAGGCCCUGGUGGAAACCAACCGCAGAGAAGUGGAGGAAUGGUUCACCACACAGACCGAGGAGCUGAACAAGCAGGUGGUGUCCAGCUCAGAGCAGCUGCAGUCCUGCCAGGCAGAGAUCAUCGAGCUGAGACGCACAGUCAAUGCCCUGGAGAUCGAGCUGCAGGCCCAGCACAACCUGAGAAACUCUCUGGAAAAUACACUGACAGAGAGUGAGGCUCGCUACAGCUCCCAGCUGUCCCAGGUGCAGUGUCUGAUCACCAACGUGGAGUCCCAGCUUGGUGAGAUCCGGGCUGACCUGGAGCGUCAGAACCAGGAGUACCAGGUGCUGCUGGACAUCCGGUCCAGGCUGGAGUGUGAGAUCAACACAUACAGGAGCCUGCUGGAGAACGAGGACUGCAACCUCCCAUGCAACCCAUGCGCCACCACCAACGCUAGCGGCAGCUGCUGUGGACCUUGUGGCAGCUCUCAAAAGCGUUGCUGUUAACUGAGCUCCUUGGAUCCCCUUUGAAGACAUCAAUGAAGCCGUUUA